AUGGAUGUGGCGGUGAUUGGCGGCGGAGUCAUUGGGCUGUCAACGGCCUUGGAGAUUCGGCAUCGGGUUGCUGAUGCCAAGAUCACAGUCAUUGCCGAGCAUUACACACCACACACGACGUCCGAUGGGGCAGGCGCCCUGUGGCGGCCCAUCUUCCUUCAAGACACCCCAGAGGAAGACCAGCGACGCUGGUGCAAGGCAACAUACGACUACCUCAUGAGAAUCGUCCGCCAUGGUGGCAACAAAGAUGCUGGCGUCUUCCUCUGUGGUGGCUACGACCUGCAAGGCACUGACUGCAGUGAACCUUAUUGGAAAGACAUGGUCUUUGGCUUUCGACAUGUAUCACAAAGCGAACUGCGCAGCAUUGGCGGCGCCGACUGGGCCCAAGCCAAGACGGCGUGGCACUACACCACCAUCAUGAUUGAUUCUUCCACCCUCCUCGAAUAUCUCAUGGCGCGAUGCCGUGAGCGCGGUAUCGUUUUUGAGCAACGCAAAAUUGAAAGCUUCGAGCCCCUCUUUGAGCAAUACUCGGUCGUUGUGAAUUGUACGGGAAGUGGUUCUCGGCAGCUGGCCCAGGAUGACCUUGUCCACCGCGCUCGUGGCGUCACGCUCCAUUGCCAGGCGCCCUGGCUCAAACACUUUCUGAUUGCCAGUGAUCUUCCUGAUUUUGGCCCGGGCGAGUUUUCGCACAUGUUUCCUCGAUCCGAGGUGGCCAUUGUUGGCGGCAUUAAGGUCCUCGAGGACGAUCGCACCAGCGCCUCGGCUGACGAAAUCGAAACGAUCCUAAGGCGAACGAUGCGCAUGGAGCCCUCCCUGCGGAGCGCACGGGUGCUCAAAACCUGGACAGGCUUCCGCCCCGUGCGCAGUCGCGUCCGUCUCGAAGCAGAGGAACGCGAGCACAACGGUCAACGUCGCUGUCUGAUUCACAACUACGGCCAUGGAGGCUCUGGGCUGACCAUUUGGCAAGGCUGCGCUGAAGAUGCUGCCAAUCUUCUUGUCGCCUGGACCGCCAUGUACCGGUCUCAUCUUUAG